GUCAUUAUCAGUUUAAAGUCAAGUCAUGUCAGUCGAACGGCUGGAAGAAACAAUCGGCUAAAAUCUAAUCGUAAAGUUUUGAUAGAUUUUAUUGUUAAAGUAGUAUUAUUUGAACGUGUUACUUUUCAAUAUAACAUUUCAAGAUGUUGAUUAAAGUUAAGACGCUCACAGGGAAGGAGAUUGAGAUAGAUAUAGAGCCUACAGAUAAAGUGGAGAGGAUUAAGGAGAGAGUAGAGGAAAAGGAAGGAAUACCGCCGCAGCAGCAGCGUCUCAUAUUUUCAGGCAAACAAAUGAAUGAUGAAAAGACAGCACAAGACUAUAAAGUCCAAGGAGGUUCUGUGCUUCAUCUGGU